AUGAUAUAUCCCUAAUACUAGGUAUUACCUAGCGACACGAGACGAAUGCCAUGAGCCCCAUAGAGAAAGUAAGCCCAAAAGCAAUUAUAUGGUAUUGUUGCAAUUGCUCAUAUGGGGGGAUGUCCCUAGAGAUCAAUCCAGAAUGCGUAGGUUGCGGGCAAAAAAGAUGCAGCAACUGCGAGGGAGAAAAGGAUCCUUUAUACCAAAAACCCCCCAAAAUCAAGAGGGGCAUGAAUGGUGAGGCUCCCCAUGAUAGCCGCCAUGGAUCUAAGGUGUUACAUGGGUUACAUGGCUAUAAGCCCCAUAGAGCCUCAAUCAUCAACAGAGCCGCACCGCUACAAUUGUCCCCUACCGAGGGUGCCCCGGAGAGCAAUGCUAAGUUAGCGUCUCUAACUCAUUCGACACAGGAUAAGACCAACCUAAUUAGUAGAUUUCAACAAGAUGCCCAAGAUAUCCAAGAUAUCAGUGGGUUGGGACCGGAGACUUGUGUUGGAGAGUGUACACCCCGCAGCAAUCAAGAGGACGAAGAGGACGUCUCUGAAUUAACGGCAUUUGACGUGGUCCCGGAUACGAACGGGGACACGAAUCUCCUCUUCGACUCAGUAUUAUAUCCUGAUUCUGAGGGCCACGCGAGUGCGUUCAGUUGGUCACAAUGCGAAUUGGAAAACGUAGAAGCUUUUGAUCCCGGCGGAAUUGAUCUACUCGAUGGAUUGAAUUUAGAUCUAGCUCUAGAUUCUUUCGAUCCUUUAGAUCCAUUCUCUAAACCUACGAAUUCCCUUGAGCCUCAAAUACCAGCAUUUAUCUCCCCUCCUGACAUCAAUACAAUUAAUCCUGCGCAUUUCCAUGAUGCCUUCCCCUUUGCGGCUCCGUGGACAAGACAUACUAUCCAAUCCCCCGAAUUACACAUGCCAUUCUUUACAUACGAACAGCCCUUCCAUUUACCUAUAGACCCGUUUUCUAAACCUACCCGUCAAUUUCAAGACAUGGAGUCAUUAAUAGACCAAAAGGAAGAAUUGCCUCAUCCCCAAAGCCCUUUGCAUCGCAACAGUGACAAUUGUCAGCCGAGCAUCAAUAAGAGAAAGUUCUACCAGGAAGAUCGGGAAGAUAGACCUGCCCACAAGGCUUUUAGAGCAUGCUCGUCAUGCUCGUCAAUAGCCAGCAGCGAUGAAAAUAGGCCUCUUGCCUGUCUUUUCUACAAGCGUGAUCCGGCGCGACAUGCAAACUGCAUCAAAAAGAAGUUCAAAAACAUCAGCGCUCUAAGGCAGCAUUUAGACAACGAGCAUAAAUUAGGCGUUUAUCACUGCAAAAGCUGCUGGGAUUCCUUCGCUGAUCAAAAGUCCCUCGAUGCGCAUGCCGCAUGCGAACCAACAAACGGUAGUUCUGUUGACCAGCUUCCUCCCAUCCCUAAGGCCAGAGGUCCCAACCCUAACGCCACGUUCAAUAAUAAGUGGUUUUGGACUUGGAAGAAGCUUUUUGGGGAAAAGACUGCUCUACCAGAUUGCCCCUAUUCGCACCCUACUCGGGACAUGGCAGGCCAUCUAUUCAGCCAGCUUCUCCGAGACCUCACGACUCAGGGGAUGGAGCUAGAUAUCCGCGGGUUUGAAGAAGCAAUGUCACAAUGGCUGGCAUCCUACUCGGAGCCUUCGAACGAAUACCCGUUAAUGGAUAUACCCAACGUAUCCAACGCAGCUCAGAAACCGUAGGCACAAUUCCUUUCGAUUCUGGGCACUCAAGUGGUUUCUAUGAAUUUCGAUGGCCGGGCUUCCAGAUUCGAGCCCUACUUAACAGGACGGUCCAUCGCUUAUCCGGAUACUUGCCUACCCGACGCAAUAGAGGGACAACUCUUACUCUCUCGCUCAUACGGAAACUUUAGGUACCUAUCUAUACAACAACAAUGACAGGGGUGACAGUACCUAAUGGAGGAAACUGAGGGGUUUUGGCGUUAUCCUUUAAGCUGCUCAUGAUUUUACUAAAUCACAGCAAAUGCCACAUACCUAGAUAGAGAACGGAAUGAGCAAUGUCUAGGUUACUAUGGGUGUUUGCGAUCAUAUACAGAAUGCUAGGUAGUUAAAGGAGCACUUGUAUUGCACGACAGGACACUUUAUACACCAACAAUUACUCAUGUCAUAGUAUUAUUGUGUUACUCUUUGAGAUUUGUAUCAUAAGCAAG